AUGUCACAGAAGAUUUGGCUCCGUGCUGAGACCAAGCCCGCUGAGGCUCGGUCUGCUUUGACCCCGACCACCUGCAAGGCAUUGAUGGAUGCCGGAUACGACGUCACUGUUGAACGCUCCACUCAACGUAUUUUCGAUGAUGAGGAAUUCGCCAAGAUUGGUGCUCCUCUCGUUGCGGAAGGUUCAUGGGUCAAUGAUGCCCCCAAGGACGCUGUGAUCCUGGGACUCAAGGAAUUGCCCGAGGAGGACUUCCCCUUGGAGCACGUCCACGUCACUUUCGCCCACUGCUACAAGCAACAGGGUGGCUGGGAGAAUGUCCUGAGCCGCUGGCACCGCGGUAACGGUCUUUUGCUUGACCUGGAGUUCCUUACUGAUGAGGUCGGCCGCCGUGUUGCCGCCUUUGGCUUCUCUGCUGGUUACGCCGGCUCUGCUUUGGCUGUGAAGAACUGGGCCUGGCAAUUGGCUAACCCCAACGGUGCUCCUCUGCCCAGUGAGGUUCCUUACGCCAACCAGGAUCUUCUCAUUGAGUCGGUUAAGGAGAGCGUUGAGGCUGGUAAGAAGAUUGCUGGCAAAUACCCUACCAUCCUCGUUAUUGGUGCUCUUGGUCGUUGCGGUAAGGGUGCCGUUCAGCUGGCCAAGGAUGUCGGUAUCCCCGAGUCCAACAUUAUUCAGUGGGAUAUGGCAGAGACCAAGAAGGGUGGUCCCUUCGAGGAGAUUGUUACCAGUGACAUCUUCAUCAACUGCAUCUACCUCAGCGAAAAGAUUGCUCCUUUCGUGGAUGUUGAGGCUCUGUCCUCGCCCAAGCGUGCUCUGAGCGUCAUCUGCGAUGUCAGCGCCGAUACCACCAACCCCCACAACCCCGUUCCCGUCUACACAAUCACCACCACAUUCGAUAAGCCUACUGUUCCGGUUAUUCUGGCCGCAGGCAGCGAGGAGCCGGCCCUCAGCGUGAUCAGCAUUGAUCACCUUCCCUCUCUUCUCCCCCGCGAAAGCUCUGAGCAAUUCAGCGAGGCUCUCAUGCCCAGCCUUCUGCAGCUCAAGGACCGUACCACCUCCCGCGUCUGGAAGCAGGCCGAGCAGCUGUUCCAGGAUAAGGUUGCUACUCUUCCUGCCUCAUUCCGCUCUUAA